AUGGGAAAGCGUACCAUCAAAUUUGGUGGUAAAUCAGGUAUCUUGCCUAAGGUUCGUCCUGUUUUCAAGAGAUAUCCAAUCAGACCAAAGACUACUGACGAAUUGGCUGAUGAAUCUAAAGUAGAACAAGGAUUUGCUGAAGGAGUCCCAUUACCAACUAGAAAGGGAUUCACAUUCCACCGUCAAACAAUAGAAAAACCAGUUGUUACAGUUGAAGAAAGAAUCAAGAAAAACAUAGACGAAAGAAAACCUCAAAAUAUUGAUGAAUCAAAAUUAAGUCAAGAAGAAAUAUGGAAAUUAAAGAGAGAUGAGAUUCGCCGUGAACAUUUGAGGGAGGCAUAUUUAAAUGAGUCCAAGAGAUUACAAAGAAUUGAAGAGUUGAAAAAAAUACAAGCUGAAAAAGAACUUGCUACCAAAGCAUCCCAAUCCAUUUAUGAAGAAACCGAGGCAACAAAAUUAACAUUGCCUACCAUUGAUUCAUAUUUGAAUGGUCCAAUUAUGAGACAAAGGACUGAAGAAGAACAAGAGAUAGUGACUGAACAAAGAAUCUUGAAUAGAAAGACCAAAGAAUUAGCCAUAAAAGAACGUAAGACUAACCAAUUGUUAGAAUUAUACCAUGCAGCAGCUAACUUCAUCACCACUGAAGACGAAUUAGAACAAGCCAUCAAGGAUGCAUUUGAAGUUAAUGUUAGCAAGUUUGAGAGUAACCAAAUGAUCAUCGAAAACAAACUUUCCGGUUACUCACAUGCUUUUUCCAACAUCAACACCAAUGAGGGAUUAGUUUUAGAUGAAGUAUUAGGUCAAGUUAAUGGCCAACCUGGCUUAGAAACUGUUAAGGAUACUCUAGAUGGUGAGAUCGAAAGAUUGAAACGUGAAGCCCAACUUGCGAUCAACCAAAGACCACAUUAA